GCCAAGGAACCCGCCUCCCUCCCCCUCUCGUGAGAACUCGUCGCCUCUGACUCCCUCCGAAGCUGCCCGCACCCGACGCCCCAGGCGGACGCGAGACGCGACGCACGCCGCCGGCGCCUGGCCGCCUGCUCGGCCGCUCCGGCGCGCCACCCCGCCGCCGGGAGGGGACCUCCUCCACCCCGCCUUCCCGUCUGGCGACGCCUCCUCCGGAUCCCGGUUUGUUCUCUUCUCCCCAAUUCCCCAAUCCCAUCCGGAUCGGGCGCCCGAACCCUACAACCGCCGCCCCCUCCCUGGCUCCCUGCAAGACUUCGCCACCCCCUCCGUGCAGGUAGGCGCGACGGCGCCCCCGGCUUCCCUGCCCCCUGCAGGCCGGCGGCCCCUGUAGCCCUAUUCGUAGCUCCCUGAGGCUGAAGGUUUGUUCAAAUCUCUCUAUUCUAAUUUUUCUUCUAUAUGUUACAUGAUUUCAGCCACAUAACAUGUUAGCUUAGUACGUAUAUCACAUUAUUGAUGCAAUCACUCUUGUUAAUGUGGCAAAGAAUAGAAUGCAGCAAUUGAGGACUAAUGCUUGAGAACAAUUCCUUGAAAGAGUUACUUUGUCACAUUCAUUGACCGGGAUAUUUUCUUUGAGGCGGAUGAAAAUGACAUAACCGAGACUUCCAUAAGCAUUAGAAAUUGUAGACCAGACAAGUAGCUUUUGUUUUCAUUUGAACUAGUAUGUUUGAGGUAUUUGUAUUAUAAUUUAUGCAAUUUUGGUAUUUAACUGUUGAAUUUAAGAUUUGGAAUGUAAAUUAUGUUCUUGGUAACCGAAUUUCUCGUUGAAGUUUAAAUUUUAUUACUGAAUUAUAUAUGGAUCGUACCGAAUUGCAAGUGGGAAAAAAAUGCUGUGGCAUACCCUCUCUGAAAUCCUAGGUUCACCACUUUUCGAUUAGGUUGCUGUUCUUUAGCGAGAGGAGAAUCGAUUACCCGAGGUGCAACUGCACUUCGUUUUCCAAGAUUUCCAGCGGUUCUGCUGGAACCCUCAUGCCCCAGGUCAAGCUCGCCACCUUUUCGACAUGAGGCUCAACAAGGUGGAAGUGAACCUUAGAAGGCUGCUGGAGGCGGCUCCUCGUCAGCAGAAUCAGGCUAAGCUUGUUCAUUAUGUAACCACAGCUAGGGAGCUAUUGGAGCAGCUAGGAGCAGAGACCACACCUGAAGGGGUAUCAAGUGUUUCUAAAGCUAAGCUUUCUGAGUAUUCAGAAAAGAUUGAAGCACUAGCUGCCAGGCUUGCUGCUCCAGUGCCUGAAAAUGAAAAGCCAGUUGUUGAAAGCAGAGAAGAAAUCUCUGAUGAAAAAGCUAAGGCAGAAAGCCCAAUAUCUUUAUCAUCAGGAUUGCGAAGGAGAUCAGCAUCUCAUGCCGAGGUUCAACCAAGCCAUCUGGAGCAAAGAGGAGAUAUUGGUGCACCUAUCAAAUUGGAUGCAGCAGCUCAGGCUCACAUUGAGAAGCACAGGAAGCUGCAAGAAGAUUUAACCGAUGAAAUGGUCGAGUUAGCACGCCAGCUUAAGGAAAGUAGCCUUAUGAUGAACCAAUCUGUGCAACAGACGGAAAAGAUCCUUGAUUCCACUGAGAGGGCCGUGGAGCAUAGCUUGGCAAGCACCGGUCGCGCAACCUCACGAGCGGCGGAGGUCUACUCUCUGACUUCCAAGACGACGUGCUUCCAGUGGCUGCUCCUCUUUGUGAUGACCUGCAUGUUUGUAAUGGUGGUUCUGCUCAUCCGGAUCACUUGAAGGAAGAGGCCGCAGUGGGCACUCUAGUGUUGCUGCCCCUCCUCGUUGUUCAAUGGGCUCUGACUUGACUAGAAAAACGCCCCAAUCCGGGAGUUUAACCUCACAGCAACAAGAUGGAUGGUGUACUGUAAACAGAUGACUUUCUGCCAAGUACUUGCGUUCAUGGUAUUUUCUGAACCAAGUGUUGGCAUUGCCUGUUUGCUGUAUGAUAGCAGCGUGUAGUCUGUAAAACUGGACGGCAGCUGCCUGCAUAGGGGAUUUGUGAAUUGUUAUUGCUGUUCUGUUGGUCAGCUCGAGCCUUGAAGUAAUUAAUUGAUCCCGAAUCCCGAGCUUUGUCCUA